GCUCGGCUCGGUUUCCAGCGGCGGUUCCCGCAGCCCCAGGUAUAAGCAUACAUGGCUCCUGGUGUCUCAAAUGGGAAGAAAACUGAUGAUGAACAGUCUUCAAAAGAGAAUUUUAUCCAUCUCUGCAACCCUCACCUGGAGAAAAUGAAAGAAGACAUCCUGUACCAUUUUGCUCUUGGGACUGGUACCCAUGAUCUCCCGGCAUUGUUUGGAGAUGUAAAGUUCGUGUGUGUUGGAGGAAGUCCUUCACGGAUGAAAGCUUUUAUCGCCUACAUAGCUGAAGAACUGGGGCUUGGGAGCCCUGGUUCUGACUAUCCUAACAUCUGUGCGGGAACCGACCGUUACGCAAUGUACAAAGUGGGACCUGUUUUGUCAGUCAGUCACGGUAUGGGCAUUCCUUCUAUUUCAAUCAUGUUGCACGAGCUGAUCAAACUGUUGUAUCAUGCCAAGUGUUCCAACGUAACCAUUAUUCGCAUUGGCACCUCUGGUGGAAUAGGUCUGGAGCCAGGCUCAGUGGUUAUAACUAGGCAGUCUGUAGAUGCCACCUUCAAACCUCAGUUUGAACAGGUUAUUCUGGGAAAGACUGUAGUUCGCAGUACAAACCUAGAUGAACAGCUAGCUAAGGAACUGAUGCAGUGCAGUAAAGAAAUCAAUCAAUUCAAUACAGUCAUUGGAAACACUAUGUGCACUUUGGAUUUUUAUGAAGGACAGGGCAGGUUGGAUGGUGCAAUCUGCUUAUAUAAUGAAGAAGAGAAACUGCAAUAUUUGAAGGAAGCUUAUGAUUCUGGUGUCAGAAACAUAGAGAUGGAGUCUUCUGUAUUUGCUGCAAUGUGUAAUCUCAGCGGUGUCAAAGCUGCCGUAGUGUGUGUCACUCUUCUGAAUCGGCUUGAAGGAGAUCAGAUUAGUAGCUCACAUGAUGUACUUGUGGAGUAUCAGCAGAGACCGCAGAAGUUAGUGGGAUAUUUCAUUAAGAAAAGUCUUGGGAAAGUAUGAAAUGUCCAUCUUUGUUUUAUAGAAACAGAAGGCUUUUGCACAGCUGAAGUCAUGGUCACGACUUCCGUGCAUUAAAGGUCUUUUGCCUCAGAAUAUCUUAGAGCAUUCCGUGUGUCUGUGGAAGUUAAUAAUUUAUGUCACUGUGCUUUGGGAACUGAAUGUGCUAAAUGGACUCAGUUAAGUUUUGCUUAGUUAUGCUUUGCUGGAUAUAAGACUCGCUCUUCUGUGAAUUGGAAAGUGGAUCUGUUGUGAAGGACAAGCCUGCUGUAAUACAUGAAAAAGCUUUAUUUAUGCCUGCUGUAAAAGAAAAACUAGGAAGAAAAUCAAACUUUAUUACCAAGUACUUGCAAACCACCAAAUUAAAAUCACUUUAAGAAUGCUAAUCCCUUUCUCGUUGUUAUAAAAAAUUACAUAAAUUAUAAUUGUCUUUGUUGCUUCACUUGUAAAGAAAACUUAAAGUGAAUGCAGUUUAUUUUUUGCAAACUUUGACAAAUAAACGAUACUAUUUUCAUAUAUUAAAAUUUCAUGA